GAACGUGGCAGACGCCGUGCACUCGUGAGACGGGUCCCACAAAUGCACAAGGCUCGGAACUUAUCAUAUCACACUCUGAUACCACCAAAAUCUGAAGAUCAAAUCUUUAAAAUUCUCUCUCAUAUCAUAAAAUCUUCAAAUACAAGAUCAUGAUUCAUAUCUAAAAUUUAUAUCCAAUUACAAUAUGGCUAGCCUUCUAACUCGUCACUUCCCGUGGUUUCCCCGUCCUCGAUUUCACUUCCUGAAAUGGUGGACAAGGAAAACUAUGAGAUAAACUCAGUAAGUAAAUAUGGAGUGCCCUUAAUUAAACUCAUAGCAUGCCAACAAGUGUAAUCAGAAAACGGAUACAAGUACGGGAACAAAAUAGACGUCUCCUCUAUAGGUCACGGCCAGCGUUUAUAAACCUCCCACUGGCGGGCACACGAUUUGCUGGUGUAUAACCCCCACUAGCAGGGUUGAACGAACCGGCUCUUUCACUAACAUGUCGACAUGUGCUAGCGUUUAUAAACCUCCCACUAGCGGGCACACGAAUAACAUGACCAUAUCGGAGACAAAACAGGCAGAAGUUAACAGGAAAAUCACAAUUCACAAUCACUUUCAGAUCAUCAGGACAGUUCACAAUCCACUUUCAAGUAGGCAUGCUCAAUUUCAUGAAAAGCACAAAACAUUUCACUUCAAAUCAGUCACACUUAUGUAAAACGGGUUUAGUCCCGUCACCACUUCAAAAACAAAUCAAAACAUGCUUUUAAAACAGUACGGGCAUUACCAUAAAUUUACUUACCUCACUCGCAUAAAACCGAGCACUCGAUCUCAGUGCUAACUGACAGAACGAUCGAGAACCUAAUCAAAAUAUCCACGAAUU